AGCUGGUAACCAGCGGAGAAGAUACAAAAGCUAAAAUCAGUAUGUGGAGCUGUGAAACCUUAAACAACAGUACCGAGAACAGUGAGGACCAGCAUCUCUGCCAUGACUUCCACCUUGUACUUUCCAUCUUUUCCCUACUCUACCUCAUUAUAUGUUUCCCAAUUGGCCUUUGUUACAAUGGCUUGCUGGUCCUAGUUAAUCUCUAUAACAAAGCUACUAUGACUAUGCCAGAUGUUUACUUUGUCAACAUUGCCAUUGCUGGUCUCAUCAUCAACGCUCUGGCACCGAUGUACCUUCUAGGUCUUGCCAGUACAAAAUGGGCCAUAUGGAGUUCUAACAAUGAAGUUUAUAUUACCUUACUUAUUUUAUUCAACGUCUCGUCUUUAGUUACCAUGUACUCUACUACAUUACUCAGUCUGGACUACUACAUUGAACGUGCUCUACCUAGAACUUACAUGUCGAGCGUGUACAACACCAAACAUGUUUGUGGAUUCAUAUGGGGUGGUGCCAUGCUUACAAGUUUCUCAUCUCUCCUGUUCUACGUCUGCAAUCACGUAUCCACUAAAAUAAUUGAAUGUUCCAAGAUGCAGAACAAAGAAGCAGCAGAUGCCAUUAUGGUCUUUAUCGGGUACGUUGUACCAGCUAUCGCUGUACUGUAUGCACUUAUAUUAAUCUUGCGAAUACGCAAAGAGGCUACACCACUGGAUCAAGACACUGGACGAUUAGAUCCAUCGGUGCACAGGCUUUUGAUUGCCACAGUCUGUACACAGUUCACAUUAUGGACACCCUAUUAUGUUAUUCUGUUGGUAAGCACAUUUACUAAUGCACAAGGAAGAAUUGCAGAUGAGAAUUACAGUCGAAUAUUACAUUUUACCAAGAUUUUAUCAAAAUUCUUGGCUUUCUCAAGCAGCUUUAUAAUGCCUCUGCUCUACAGAUACAUUAACAAAAACUUUCCCAACAAAUUACGACGUUUGCUUAAAAAGAUACACUGUGGGAAUCAAGGGUGUUCUCAUGAACGCACAGUAGUACAGCAAGUUAUGACAUAG